AAUCAGGCCCCAUCUUAUCUUAAUUAGGGGUGGGUUUUAAAAAAAAAAGAGAAAGAUUUGCUGAUUCAAAUCAAUUUUAGUUUGACUAAUGUGAUAUCGAUUCAUGAAAUCCUGAAUCGAUUUUUAAAUAUAAAUGUAUUUUGCCAGAAAUCCCAGAAUCUCAGCUUAAAGCUCACAAAACUAUUUCAACAACUGCCAAACAGCUAAAACCGCAAUUGAAAGCAGGUAAAUGGAUUCCACAAAAAAGACAUCCUCUCUACUUUUAAGUUUAGGCUUCAAACUUUCCCCUUUGCUUAUAAGGGGACUCGGGGUCUGUGAGCAGUGGGGACUGUUAUUGUUAUUGUUAUUAUUAUUAUUAUUAUUAUUAUUAUUAUUAUUAUUAUUAUUAUUGUUAUUUGGUGUGUCGUCUGCACUGCCUCUGAUCUGUCCUCAUCUGUAUGUAGGCAGGUUUGUGUGUGUGUAUGUGUGUUGCUGUUGUUUGUGGCCAAGUUACAGGCAUCUUCAGGCCUGAGGGGCGUGGCCUGGCUUGAGGACUGGCCACACCCAAAGCCCUUGCCACACACCUGCUCCUCAUCUGGGCUCGUCGGGGGAGCUAUUUAGAUGAGCGAUGGAGCUUCCACCGACGCUGGAUUAUUGUGUUUGACUUCACGAGGAACGUGGGACGAGACAGAGCAGUGAGCACGGGGAGUGCAGAGACACUGGAGCAGAGAGCACUACACUGGGACUUUUGGGAAGAAGACACAACACGGGAGUCUGGGACACUGGAGAAUUUAUUGUUGCUUGCUUCACCACCCUUUGUAAAUAAACACUGUUGCAGUGAAAAGUCCGGCGUUUGGGUCCUAUUUCCCCAUCUCCCCACGGUCUGCCAGCCAGACCUUGACAGAAUAAUCCAGCCGUUAUGGACCCAGCGGACUCAAGGACCAUCUCACAGGAAGAGUUGCUUGCCCAGCUCUGGAGCUACUGUCAGAGCAUUCUCCAGGGGGCAGAUCCUCCUCAGAGACACUUACAGGUCGUAUUUUUUGAUUCUUUCCUAUCAUCAACCACCUUAUCUGUGAGCUUUUUGGACAUUAAGAGACUAAUUUUGAUUAUAACCAUGCUGAGGGCAAGUUCCUGCUUUGAGCUUUUCGGUUUGGGCUGUCCGGGCGAGGAGGAUGUGGCGACCUCCCUGGGAGCCCUUGCUGCCCAUUUCUUUUUUCAUAGGCAGAUAGCUUCCCCACCGUCGUUUGCGGCUCACUUGUUGGACCCUCCAUUGUGGGGGACACAGGUCACACGCCCUCUGCACCUCACCACAUCUCCACUCACCUCCGCGGCAUCUGCUGAGUCAGCAGACAAAGGACCGGCAGCUCAAAGCCAUACAGCUGCUCUCCUGUCCGGCCGACUGGUGGAACCUCAGCCUGUCGCGCCGGCCCCGGCAUCAUCAAAGAAGCAACGCUCGUGCCGCCGGCGCCCCUCACCGCCGCCAGAUUCCCUGACUUUCCCUCAGCUGAUUGUGUCACAGCUGAUGGCCCCGCCCCUCCCUGAGCCUGGUUCUGCUGGAGGUUUUAUUCCUGUUAAAAGGGAGUUUUUCCUUCCUCCUGUCCCACUUUCUCACAUGGAUCCCUGGACCUACCGUUGUUCCCUGCUGAGUUUCUGGUGCGAGAGAGGAGUGAAUGCCUGGUGAGACGUCACGAGAGACUGUGGAGGAGAGAGAGUGUUCCCCCUGCUUUUCCCUGUGGAUUCCCUGGAGCCCUGAUCCCCGCACGCCUGUAUAUAGCACUGAGUCACUGCUUCACUUUUUCACCUGGUGUUUGUAAAUAAAGAUCCCUCUGUUCUUCCUUCAAGAAAGGAGUCCUGCGUUUGAGUCCUCCCAGUGACCGUAACAUUGGAGCUACGUUUGUCAGCCAGUUCGGACUUUACA